AUGGGAGAAAGGCUGGGGGUUCACCCGCUGAGCUGUCACGGGUGGGUCCUGGGAGAACAUGGCGACUCCAGUGUGCCUGUGUGGAGUGGUGUGAACGUUGCCGGUGUCUCCCUGAAGUCUCUGAACCCAGAACUGGGCACUGAUACAGAUAAGGAGCAGUGGAAGGAUGUUCACAAGCAGGUGGUUGACAGUGCCUAUGAGGUGAGCAAGCUGAAAGGUUACACAUCCUGGGCCACUGGCCUCUCUGUGGCCAACUUGGCUGAGAGCAUAAUGAAGAACCUGAGGUGGGUGCAUCCCAUCUCCACCAUGAUUAAGGGUCUCUAUGGGAUCAAUGAUGAUGUCUUCCUCAGUCUGCGCAGGAGUGACGGGGCGCAGGCGAGUGGGAGGGAGUGUUUUGGUUCUCGCCGCUGGCCGUCCUUCCCAGACCUGGCGUUUGGCUGGGAUCACUCGCUGCCCAAAAGGAAAAGACUCCCCCCAGUGAAGAGAUCCCUAGUGUACUACCUGAAGAACCGUGAAGUCAGGCUACAGAAUGAAACCAACUACUCUCGCGUGUUACAUGGUUAUGCAGCACAACAACUUCCCAGUCUCCUAAAGGAGAGAGAGUUUCCUGGGACCCUUAAUAAAGUGUUUGCUUCUCAGUGGUUGAAUCAUAGGCAAGUGGUGUGUGGCACAAAAUGCAACACGCUCUUUGUCGUGGAUGUCCAGAUAGGCCAGAUCACCAAGAUUCCUAUUCUGAAAGACCGGGAACCUGGAGGUGUGACUCAGCAACAGGGCUGUGGUAUCCAUGCAAUUGAACUGAAUCCUUCUAGAACACUCCUAGCCACUGGAGGAGACAACCCAAACAGUCUUGCCAUCUAUCACCUGUCUACGUUAGAUCCUGUGUGUGUGGGUGAUGAUGGACACAAGGAUUGGAUCUUUUCUAUUGCAUGGAUCAACGAUACUAUGGCAGUGUCUGGCUCAUGGGAUGGGUCUAUGGGACUCUGGGAGGUGACAGAUGAUGUGUUGACCAAAAGUGAUGCAAGACAUAACAUGUCACCAGUCCCUGUGUAUGCUCACAUCACUCACAAGGCCUUAAAGGAUAUCCCCAAGGAGGAUACAAACCCGGACAACUGCAAGGUGCGGGCUUUAGCCUUCAACAACAAGAACAAGGAGUUGGGAGCAGUAUCGCUAGAUGGCUACUUUCAUCUCUGGAAGGCUGAAAAUACAUUGUCUAAGCUCCUUUCCACCAAAUUGCCAUAUUGUCGAGAGAAUGUGUGUCUGGCCUAUGGUAGUGAAUGGUCAGUGUAUGCAGUGGGCUCUCAAGCACAUGUUUCCUUCUUGGAUCCACAGCAGCCAUCGUACAACGUCAAGUCUGUCUGCUCCUGGGAGCGAGGCAGUGGGAUUCGAUCAGUGAGCUUCUAUGAGCACAUCAUCACUGUGGGCACAGGGCAGGGCUCCCUGCUGUUCUAUGACAUCCGAGCUCAGAGGUUUUUGGAAGAGAGGUUCUCAGCUUGUUAUGGAUCCAAGCCCAGACUCGCAGGGGAGAAUCUGAAACUAACUACUGGCAAGGGCUGGCUGAAUCAUGAUGAAACCUGGAGGAAUUACUUUUCAGACAUUGAUUUCUUCCCCAAUGCUGUUUACACCCACUGCUACGACUCGUCCGGAACGAAGCUCUUUGUGGCAGGGGGCCCCCUCCCUUCUGGGCUCCAUGGGAACUAUGCUGGACUGUGGAGCUAAUGACAGCUAACUUUCUCCCGAAAUGCAGAUUCACACUAACUUCCACCC